UUCUGAACUGACCCCAUAGCCUUUAUACCUUGGUUCUUCUUGUUAAUCUGAAAGCAUGGGCUAUGAGCAAUAUGGAUAUAUGCUGAGUGUACAAAACAUUAAGAACACCUUCCUAAUAUUGAGUUGCACCCCCUCUAUUUGUCGGGUGCAUGGACUCUACAAGGUGUUGAAAACAUUCCACAGGGAUGCUGGCCUUUGUUGACUACAAUUCUUCCGACAGUUGUAUCAAGUUGGCUGGAUGUCCAAUGUCCGAUUGGUUGGUGGACCAUUCUUGAUACACACAGGAAACUGUUGGGCGUGAAAAAACCAGCAGUUAUUUUUUUAAAAAAUAUUAUUAUUAUUUUUUUUACCCCCUUUUCUCCCCAAUUUCGUGGUAUCCAAUUGUUAGUAGUCACUAUAUUGUCUCAUCGCUACAACUCCUGUACGGGCUCGGGAGAGACGAAGUGUGCCCGUUUGGGGAUCUGAUAGUAUUUCUGAUUGGCUUAAUGCACCACCACUCAUGAGCUGUGGAGCUUCUCAAAGGAAUGCUUUCUUCACCUCAAACAGCAAGCAAACAACCUCUGUUUUUACAUCCAUUGAGAAUGACAAUAGUUCCUCAAUGUAUUUUUAAAUCUUUCCAGCUCUCUCUCUUUCGAUAACCACUCAGCAUGAAAGGGAAAAACAUCAUUCUCUGAUUCAGUGGAAAUAUCGUAAAACAGGCCUACCUGAGGACCUCGUAUCCCUUGAUCAAAUAGCCUACAGCUGUGUCUGUCCCGAGCUCACUGCUACAGGAACCUCUGAGGACCCAGAAUAUUUUAUACAAUGCUGCAUGUUUGCUAGCUCAAGCCUGACCCAAUUUGGUAGUUGACACGUUUCAAGUUCAUUGCAGACAGGCCACGCAUAGCCAAUGUGAUUUCUAGGAUAUUUAUUUUGAUCAAGAUAUUCUUUAAUUAUUAUUUCGUCUUGUUUUUUUUACCCAUUUUUCUCCCCAAUUCCAUUGUAUCCAAUUGGUAGCUACAGUCUUGUCUCAUGGCUGCAACUCCUGCACGGUCUCGGGAGAGGUAAAGGUCGAGAGCCGUGCGUCCUCCGAAACGCAACCCAACCAAGCCACACUGCUUCUUGACACAAGGACAAUUUUGCACCGCCCCAUGGGUCUCCUGGUCUCGGCCGGCUGUGACAGAGCCUGAACCCCAACCAGGAUCUCUAGUGGCACAGCUAGCACUGUGAUGCAGUGCCUUAGACCACUGCGCCACUCGGGAGGCCCAUCAGAAUAUUUUCUCCCUGCAAUGUUUGUUGGCUUUAUGUAGGCUAUUUUUACAUAGUUGGCAAUUCAAAUAGAAGUUACUUUUUAUGUUGGUAUGAUUUUAUUUUAGAUUUGGACAUAAUUUUCAUUAAGCACAUGACAAUGAUUUUGAAAUACGAAGAUGUUUUGCUAAAUUAAAUGAAACAUUUCCAUCAAAAUGUGCAUAUGAAAAUCAUGGUCAGAUAAAUUGGCAUUCCACAUGAGAAAGGUUGCCAACUCCUCUCCUAUUACCGGCAACUAUUUUAUAAAUGACAUGGCGAAAUAGGAAGCCGAUUCCAGAUUUAACUUUAGAUUGGAGAUGCUUAAUGUGAGUCUGGAAGGAUAGUUUACAGUCUAACCAGACACCUAGGUAUUUGUAGUUGUCCACAUAUUCUAAGCCAGAACCGUCCAGAGUAGAGGUCGACCGAUUCUGAUUUUUCAACGCCGAUACCGAUUAUUGGAGGACCAAAAAAUCCGAUACUGAUUAAUCGGAUGAUUUAAAAAAAUAAAAAAGUUUUUAUUUGUAAUAAUGACAAUUACAAUAAUACUGAAUUAACACUUAUUUUAACUUAAUAUAAAGCAUCAAUAAAAUCAAUUUAGCCUCAAAUGAAUAAUGAAACAUGUUCAAUUUGGUUUAAAUAAUGCAAAAACUAAGUGUUGGAGAAGAAAGUAAUAUGUGCCAUGUAAAAUAUGUGCCAUGUAAGAAAGCUAACGUUUAAGUUCCUUGCUCAGAACAUGAGAACAUAUGAAAGUUGGUGGUUCCUUUUAACAUGAGACUUAAAUAUUCCAAGGUAAGAAGUUUUAGGUUGUAGUUCAUAUAGUAUUUAUAGGACUAUUUAUCUCUAUACCAUAUGUAUUUCAUAUACCUUUGACUAUUGGAUGUUCUUAUAGGCACUAUAGUAUUGCCAGUGUAACAGUAUAGCUUCCGUCCCCCUCCUCGCCCCUCCCUGGGCUCGAACCAGGACCACAUCGACAACAGACACACUCAAAGCAUCGUUACCCAUCGCUCCACAAAAGCCACGGCCCUUGCAGCGCAAGGGGAAUAACUACUCCAAAUCUAAAAGCGAGUGACGUUUGAAACAGUAUUAGCGCACACCCAGCUAACUAGCUAGCCAUUUCACAUUGGGUUACACCAGCCAUUAGGCUGAUAGGUUUGAAGUCAUAAACAGCGCUGUGCUUGCGAAGAGCUGCUGGCAAAACGCACAAAAGUGCUGUUUGAAUGAAUGAUUACGGGCCUGCUGCUGCUCAGUCAGACUGCUCUACCAAAUCAUCAGACUUAAUUAUAACAUAAUAACACACAGAAAUACGAGCCUUUGGUCAUUAAUAUGAUCGGAUCCAGAAACUAUCAUUUCAAAAACAAAACGUUUAUUAUUUCAGUGAAAUACGAAACCGUUUGGUAUUUUAUCUAACGGGUGGCAUCCAAAAGUCUAAAUAUUCUUGUUACAUUGCACAACCUUCAAUGUAUGUCAUAAUUACGUAAAAUUCUGGCAAAUUAGUUCGCAAUGAGCCAGGCAGCCCAAACUGUUGCAUAUACCCUGACUCUGCAUGCAAUGAACGCAAAGGAAAUUACACAAUUUCACCUGGUUAAUAUUGCCUGCUCAGCUGGAUUAGUAGUUAUAACUAGUGAUUAUGAUUGAUUGUUUUUUAUAAGAUAAGUUUAAUGCUAGCUAGCAAUUACACCCUCCGACAAACCAUCAAACAGGAAAAGCGUUAAUACAGUACAAAGAUCGAAGCCUACUACCUGGCUCUGACACUUGUCGAAUGUGACAGGGCUUGCAAACUAUCACAGAGUACGACGGAAAAACCCAGCCACGAGCUGCCCAAUGAUGUGAGCCUACCAGACGAGCUAAAUGCCUUCUCUGCUCGCUUUGAUUCAAGCAAGACUGAACCAGGCAUGAGAGGACCAGCUGUUCCGGACGACUGUGUGACCAUACUCUCCAUAGCCAGUGUGCGUAAGACCUUUAAACAUGGUUAACAUUCACAAGGCCUGACAUAUUUCCAUGAUGCAUACUCCGAGCAUGCGCUGACCUCUAUACCAGGCUGUGUCAGAGAAAGGUCCUAAAAAUUGUCAACGACUCCAGGGUACCAAAGGACCCUGAACAGAUUCUACCCCAAGCCAUGAGACUGCUAAAUAGUUCAGCCUGGUAGCUAUUUAGUUAACUAUUUAACUCUCUGAAUUGACUCAUUUUGCACUAAAUUUUUUGACACAUACACUUCUGCUACUGUAUAUUAUCAGUCACUUAUUCCUAGUUAUACUGUAUGUACAUAUCUACCUCAAUGACCUCGUACCCCUGCGCAUGGACUUGGUACUGGUACUCCCUGUAUAUAGCCAUGUUAUCUUUACUCAUUGUGUAUUUAUUAUUAUUUUUCUAUUAUUUCUGUUAUUUCAGUUAGGAAGGGCCCAUAAGUAAGAAUUUCACUGAUAGUCUACCCCUACUGUUUAUGAAGCAUGUGAUAAAUAACAUUUGAUCUGAUAUCAAACAGAGUUCAGAGCGUGAUGUCAGAUAUGUCAUAACAGAAUGAGUGCUUCAUCCAAUAUCACGUGACAGCUGUGCUCAGCCAGCCGCGUCCCCUACUAGCUGUCACCUGCUUGUCUCCGCUUUUUCUCCGCCAGUUAUUUCAGCCGUGAUGAGGAGCUGGGUGUGAAGACACUUAUGAGUCUUCUGUUGUUGCCUUUGCUUCUAAUUAUUGGAGCAGCUAGCAGCCUGUUAGAACCAAGAGCACAGGGCAGUUUGACUUCGCUGUCACACAGCCUCUGAGGGAAGGGAAAUUGGGAUACCUAGUCAGUUGAAAACUGAAAUGUCUUCAUUUCAUGUCUUAAGCCAACCCCUCUGAAUCAGUGCCAUAAUAGAGCACAGUGACAGUCAUGCUUGCACCUUUACAUCGCUGAAAACUGCGUAUCUUUUGCCCACAACACAUUCAAAAGUUAUGCACCGUAUUACCGGAGCUACCUUUCCUUUUGUACCACAAUUCAUACGCAUUUAUAUCAUUUCAUAAACCACUCGCAGGCCGCUAAUCGGUGGUUAGAUAGCAAACAACCUUGUUUAGUCAUGUUACCUAGCUAGCUAACAACCUGGUAACUUGACCAAUAGGCUAUUCACAAAUUUGGAUGGCACGGGAAGAACAGAAAAGAGAGGCCUACUACUUAAUACCGUUAUUCUUUGCCUGGUAUCGCAUCCUUAGUCAAAUGUUGGUAUUGUGACAACACAAGCACAUAUUUGGGCCCUCACCAGUUUGCAUCCCUGUUAAUAGUCAAAUUGCCACGUCCGUUUGUGAUAUUACAACAACAAAGACUGGAAACAAGGGCCCCAGAUUCUUUUUCCUCUGACAUCAUUGCAUGUGUGAUAGAACAGCAGCAUAUGUACUGCCAUUUUUAACCUUGAUGCUUCUCAGCUCUGCUUCAUCAACAAUAACAACCUGUUUCCCCUACUGUGGAUUCCACUCAUCCUACAUGUACAUCUUACCUCAAUUACCUCGACUAACCGGUGCCCCUGCACAUUGACUCUGUACAGGUACCCCCUGUAUAUAGCCUCGCUAUUGUUAUUUUACUGCUGCUCUUUAAUUAGUUGUUACUUUUAUCUCUUAUUUUUUUCACUUAUCAAUUUUUUACUUAACACAUUUUUUUAAGUAAGCAUUUCACUGUAAGUCUACACCUGUUGUAACGGCCCUGAAUUUUCUGAACCGUCUCAGUGCAGCUCCUUCCAAAAGGACGCUUUCCCUUUAAUUCCUAAUUAAAUAGCCAGCAUCAGCUGCGCAAAAGUGGGGUUGUGACGGAGACGUGAAUGAGGAUGUGUUCAACCCUCAGUUCCGAAGCUUCUCUAUUCCGUUUGUUGUGUAGCCUAAGAGAGUUUACCUAGGAUCGGAUCCACUCUUUGCGUCCGUGGACUACACCUCUCCGUGGCCUUUCUCCGCUGGAGAUCUAUUGGCGGAUUGGAUUGUCUGACUGACCGACUGACUACAACCUUUUUGUAUACGUCGCUCCUUGAGGCCCACGACAUGGUAGCCUCUAAGUGCUAUGAGGCCGUGCCCCCAGCGGAGCUGUUUAAUGAGGAGCUGGGGAACAGUUCUCUGAUGCAGGCCGAUGCUGUACGCAUGAUCGGCAUCCGCAAGAAGGCUGGAGAACCACUGGGAGUGACGUUCAGAGUGGAGAAGGAGGAGCUGGUCAUCGCUAGGAUCCUCCACGGAGGAAUGAUUGACAGGCAGGGUCUGCUGCACGUGGGUGACAUCAUAAAGGAAGUGAAUGGGCGGGACGUAGGGAACAACCCCACUGAGCUGCAGGAGAUGCUGAAGGACUGCAGCGGAGGAAUCACUCUGAAGAUACUGCCUAGUUAUAGAGAUGCACCCGCCCCACCACAGGUGUACGUGCAACCCCACUUUGACUACGAUCCAGCAAAUGACCAUCUGAUCCCCUGCCGAGAGGCGGGGAUUGGCUUCAAGAGGGGGGACCUCCUUCAGAUUGUCAACAGGGAGGACCCCAACUGGUGGCAGGCAUGUCAUGUGGUUGGUGGAGCCACUGGACUGAUCCCCAGUCAGUUCCUGGAGGAGAAGAGGAAAGCCUUCGUCCCAAGAGAUUUUGAUGGCUCAGGGAUCCUGUGUGGUACGAUAACUGGAAAGAAGAAGAAAAAGAUGAUGUACUUAACAGCCAGGAAUGCAGAGUUUGACAGGCACGAGCUGCAAAUCUAUGAGGAGGUGGCCAAGAUGCCCCCAUUCCAGAGGAAGACUCUAGUUCUGAUUGGAGCCCAGGGGGUGGGCCGACGCAGCCUCAAGAACCGACUGGUGGUCCUUAACCCAACAUGCUUCGGAACCACCAUACCCUUCACCUCCCGGCGUCCCCGUGACGAUGAGCUGGACGGUAAGUCGUACCGGUUUGUGACGCGGACGGAGAUGGAGGCAGACGUAAAGGCGGGCGGCUACCUAGAGCACGGCGAGUACGACGGGAACCUCUACGGAACCAAGAUGGACUCCAUCCACGAGGUGGUGGACACGGGGCGCACCUGCAUCCUGGACGUCAACCCACAGGCUCUGAAGGUACUAAAGACAGCAGAGUUCAUGCCGUACGUGGUGUUCAUCGCAGCACCAGAGUAUGAGACGCUCAAGGCCAUGCACAAAGCUACGGUGGACGCUGGAAUCACCACCAAACAACUCACGGAUGUGGAUUUGAGGAAGACUGUUGAUGAGAGUGCUCGUAUCCAGAGGACCUACAACCACUACUUUGACCUCGCCAUCACCAAUGACAACCUGGACCGAGCCUUCCAAACGCUACAGGCUGCCGUCGACAAACUCUGCUCCGAACCACAGUGGGUCCCCGUCAACUGGGUCUACUGAACCCCAACCGGACACUGACCGGUCAACUUGACCGUGUAUGUGUUCGACCACAGAGACAGGGGAAAGGAAAGGAGGAAGGGUGUUCGUCAGGGACUUUGACGGGGAAAACCCAAACCAACCGCCUCGUCCCUCUCUCCCUUCCUCCUGCACACAAUGCACAUUUUUUCUACUCGAAACUCAAAGGCAAAUAGUUCUUAUUUAUUUUAAUAUUUGUAACUUUUUACGAAAUAUCUUUCUAUUCAUACCAACGUGGAAUUCAGAAACAUGAAAAAAAUAAAAAGGCCAAACAUCACGGCCAUAUUUAUUUGUUGUUAUGUUUGUUUGUUUUUUUGUAGUUGUUCCUCUGAGAACUAAUGAUGUUUGUUUUUUUGUAGUUGUUCCUCUGAGAACUAAUGAUGUUUGUUUUUUUGUAGUUGUUCCUCUGAGAACUAAUGAUGUUUGUUUUUUUGUAGUUGUUCCUCUGAGAACUAAUGAUGUUUGUUUUUUUGUAGUUGUUCCUCUGAGAACUAAUGAUGUUUGUUUUUUUUUUCUCCGAGGACUGCUUUGAAAGAGUUUUUAUUGUUAUAUCAACACAGUUCAAGAACGAAGUUCAAGAACGACACUAUGGAAUAUUCCAGAACUAUGAGCAGUGUUGCCAAGGAAACCUGUUUACAGCGCUCGUUAUUGCCCUGACAACUACCGUGUCUCAGUCCAAAUCCUGUGAAGCCCACCCUUGUGAUUGUCGUAGGACCUCCCACCCCACUCCAAAGAAAAUCCCCUACAGUGCCCUGUAGUAUGUACUGUAGUUGGCUACCCCGUGAUUGGUUUGUGUUUAUCUCUUUAAAAUUAUGACUUAAGAAAAAUUGACUUAUUGUCUGAAUAUCUAACCCUCACACAUCCCACAAAGAGAAUGAAGGGAAAAAGCUUUACACUUUACAUUGUAGUAUUGAAUAUCAGGAUCAAAACACUGUCUGUGUUUCAUUCAUGUCUGAGUUGUCUGUACUUUUAUUUUAGUACCGUAGGAUUCACUGUCUUUCGUUGCUACGGUGAUCUUUUUAGCUAACUGACAUUUUUGUCUCGCAUGAUCCUUUGCUUUGAAUUGUUGUUUUUGACUAUUGAACAAAUACUACAUCCUGUUUUGAAGCGUUCUGUCUGUGUUGUGUCGACAGCAUGACCAUCAGAAUACCACUCACCAUCUACCCUAAUCUGUAUGUAAGGUGCUUAUUGUUGUAUUUUAAUCUGUUGCUAUCCCACGGUCCUCUCCUCCAGUAUCACAUCUCCAAAACCCUCCUGCACUGUAACCUAAAUACUACAUUCUGUUUCCUGUGGUCACUCUGAAAGAUUUCCCAACUUGUGAUCAAUAACAGACAUCUCUAAUAGCAAUACAUUGUUACAAUAAAUUAACUGAAAUUCA